UGAAGUGAGCCAGACGUGGUGUAGAGCUGCUGCUCUUGCUGUGCUGCCUGUGAAAUACCUAAGUCUGCGUGGUGCUGAGGGGUCUGGAGCAGGGGUCACCGCUAAUCACAGAGCAGAUUAGAACAGAGAGAGAGCGCACAGUUAGAAGCAGGUGAGAGAGAGAGCAGAUAGAAGCAGGGAAGAGCGAGAGAAGCAGGGAAGAGCGAGAGAGAGCAGAUAGAAGCAGGGAAGAGAGAGAGAGAGCAGAUAGAAGCAGGGAAAGAGAGAGAGCAGAUAGAAGCAGAGAAGAGAGAGAGAGCAGAUAGAAGCAGGGAAGAGUGAGAGAGAGAGAGAGCAGAUAGAAGCAGGCAAGAGAGAGAGAGAGCAGAUAGAAGCAGGGAAAGAGAGAGAGCAGAUAGAAGCAGAGAAGAGCGAGAGACAGAGAGCAGAUAGAAGCAGGGAAGAGAGAGAGCAGAUAGAAGCAGGGAAAGAGAGAGAGCAGAUAGAAGCAGAGAAGAGAGUGGAGCAUGAGAGCUGAUCUGUGAACAUACUGGAGAACAUACUUCUUAAGUUUUUAGUCGGUAGUUGGAGCAUCAAGACAGGAUGGCUGUCCUGCGUCUGUGCAGUCUGCUGCUGCUGCUCAUGGCUCCUGUUCAUGGCCAAUGGUGGAGUGUGCUCUGGGGGAAUGCACAGGAGAUGACCACACAGCCCCCCACCACCGGGGUCCUUACCACCACCAAGGUAUUUUGGACAAUGGAAAGGACAGAGGUGGGCCAGGUGGGGACCCAGACAGAGGUGUACACUACUGCACCUGUUCAGGGUACACCUCUACAGAGCACACAUGAGCCCGCAGGUGCUGGAACAACAGAGAUCAAGCCCAAGGCUAAGAAAAUACCUCUGAAAAUGUGGAAGAGUCGUGAGCUUGGCUCUACAGGCCACCUAGACCUGACUGAGUUGAUCGGAGUGCCGCUCCCUCCCUCUGUCUCGUAUACCACCGGCUAUGAGGGCUUCCGGCCGGCCUACAACUUCGGUCCCGGCGCCAACAUCGGACGCCUCACCAAGACCUUCAUGCCCGACCCUUUCUUCAGGGACUUUGCCAUCAUCGUCACCAUCAGGCCCAUCAGCAACCAGGGAGGGGUGCUGUUCGCCAUCACUGAUGCCCAGCAGAGGGUGGUGCAGCUGGGGCUGGCGCUGACAGCCGUGGAGGAUCAGACUCAGAGGAUUCAGCUGUACUACACCGAGGGGGGCCAGGAGUCCUCACACAGCCAGCAGGUGGUGUCUUUCAAGGUGCCCGAUAUGACCAAAAAGUGGACAAUAUUCACUCUGUCAGUGCAGGACCAGGAAGUGUGCCUCUAUAUGAACUGUGAUGACUUCCAAGCAGAGACCUUCCACAGGAGCAGCCGCCAGCUCAGCUUUGAGCCCAGCUCAGGCAUCUUUGUGGGCAACGCUGGAGGGACUGGCCUGGAGAGGUUUGUGGGCUCUAUCCAGCAGCUGGUGAUCAAAUCAGACCCCAGGGCUGCAGAGGAGCAGUGUGAGGAAGAUGAUCCCUAUGCUUCUGGGGAUGGGAGUGGGGCCGAAACGAUGAAUGACAUGAAACGAAGAAAGGAAACAGCAAGGCCAGAGGACAUGCUGAGCGGGCCUGUGCGAGCCCCGCCCACAGAGUCUCCGGAGGUGGAGCUAGAUGAGUAUUCAGGACACCUGACCCCCACAGAGGAGGCCCAUCAGGAGAUGCAUCUCAGAGGUGGGGAAGGACCCCACCAGACAGAGGAGCCAGAGAUGUCAGGGGAUGGUGGACCUCUUAGCCACAGACUGAAAGGAGAGCGAGGAGAGCCUGGGCCUAUAGGACCUGCUGGUCCCCGUGGCCCCCCUGGCCCCCCCACUCUCUCUGAGGGUAGAAGGUCUGGGCACCGCCAGCCAGGACCCAGGGGCCCUCUGGGGCCUUCAGGGCCAACAGGGGCCCCUGGGGUGCCAGGGAAGGACGGACAGCAGGGAAGCAAGGGUGAAGAUGGAGAUCCAGGACAGAGAGGACCUCAAGGUUUCCCAGGUUUGGCAGGGGAGGUUGGAGUCAAAGGAGACAAGGGGGACCCAGGAGCAGGACUACCAGGGCCUCCAGGCCCCCCUGGACCUCCCGGACCCCUCAGAUCACACAGUGUGCCAUAUGGAGAGGAUGCACUCGGCUCUGGUUUUGGAGACCUUGACAAUACAGAAUUGAUCAGAGGUCCUCCUGGCCCUCCAGGUCAACCUGGCCCCCCAGGACCCACCAGCCCCUUCAAUGCCUCGGAAGGCCUGUUCACUGGACAACCAGGUCCUCCUGGCAGAUAUGGCCUUGUUGGGAAACCUGGACCUCCGGUGAAUGAGGAUUGGUUUAGUGGUUCUGGCUUGGGCUCUGAGUUUGGCUCUGAGUUUGGCUCAGGGUUGUUCGGCUCUGGGCUUGGUUCUGGCGAGGGUCAACCUGGUCUGGAUGGGGAUGUUGGGCCGACGGGGCCUAAAGGUCUGAAGGGUGAACAAGGACGAGUUGGACCGAAGGGUGAACCAGGUGACCAAGGGUUGGCAGGAGCUACAGGGCUGAGGGGACCAGAGGGGAAGAGGGGUGACACUGGCCCUCGGGGGCUGCCUGGCCCCCCCGGACCCCCAGGAGCAGGAUUGUUUGUCGAGGAUAUGGAGGGGUCUGGGAAGAAUGACAUGCUCCUUGGUGUAGGACUCAAAGGCCCUCAGGGACCUCCUGGUCUUCCUGGCUCUGCAGGACCAAAGGGUGAAGAUGGGAAGGUUGGGGCUCCUGGGUUGUCAGUGAAGGGUGAGCCUGGUGCUCUGGGCCCUGAGGGACUCCAAGGGCUAGCUGGACUUCCUGGUGCCAGGGGAUUGAAAGGAGACAAAGGCGAUCCAGGACCAAAGGGAGAGUGUGGUCCUGAUGGACACAGUGUACCUGGUUCUCCUGGUCCUCCCGGCUCUCCAGGUCCCAUCAUCAAUCUGCAGGAUCUCCUCCUGAACGACACAGAGGGCAUGUUUCAUCAGAUCCGUGGGCCCCCUGGCCUGAUGGGCCCCGAAGGAGAGCCUGGCAGAGCAGGAUUCCCUGGCCCAAGAGGACCAAAGGGUGACAUUGGGCUUCCUGGUCUUCACGGUCCACCAGGAAUGAAGGGUGCGAAGGGGGAUUCUGGUGUCACGAUCGCUGCCGACGGCACUGUGUUGACAGGUGUCAGGGGCCCUCAGGGACCAAAAGGAAUAAAGGGUGAGCGUGGGUUCCCUGGAGUUGCUGGUAUCAUGGGACCAAUCGGACCAACCGGACAAAAAGGAGAAUACGGGUUCCCUGGUCGACCAGGACGACCUGGAAUGGCAGGGAAGAAGGGAGACAAGGGUGAUGCCAUUGGUCAACCAGGACUUCCUGGUCCUCCUGGCCCUCCCGGUCCCCCAGGACCAGUAAUAGGACUCAAUGGAACAGUUUUUCCGGUCCGUCCCCGACCGUUCUGCAAAACACCAGUGAAUGGCAGCAGGGGAUCAUCACAAGGUAGCAGGAGAGGAAACAGAGGUGCUAAAGGAGAAAAGGGGGAGGUUGGACUGCCUGGAACACCUGGAGAACCAGAUGGUGUUCUUCCCGAAGGCUUUGUGGGAGAAAAAGGGGACGUGGGCUAUGAAGGAAUGAAAGGAGAGAAGGGUGACGCUGGGUUGCCUGGCCCACCAGGUCUUCCUGGGAGAUCAGGCCUUGUGGGUCCAAAAGGUGAAUCGAUUGUUGGCGCCCCUGGUCAUCCUGGAGCUCCUGGUGAACCAGGAGUUCCUGGCAUUGGACGACCAGGCACUCGGGGGCCCCCUGGCCCAACUGGACCCCCUGGACCACCCCCUGUCUAUGCCUCAGCUGUGAGUAUUCCUGGCCCACCUGGGCCUCCUGGUCCUCCUGGGAUUACUGGCUAUGAAAAUCUGGUGACCACAUACAGGAACACCAUCACUCUGAUGAGGGAGAGCCACCGUGCUGCAGAGGGAUCCAUGGCCUAUGUCUCAGACAAGGGAGAACUCUACGUUAGAGCCAGAGAUGGCUGGCACAAGGUUCAGCUUGGUGAGCUGAUCCCUGUCCCAGCAGAGACCCCAUCCUCCGCAUUGUCCCAGGCCCUGAGCAGACCAGAUCACAGCAGACCACACAGGCAGGAACUAGUUGGAACUAGCUACAUGCCCAACUAUAAUGUCCUACCUCAUACAGUUCACUCAGUACCGGGGCUGCACUUGGUGGCCCUAAACGCUCCGUUCUCUGGGGACAUGCAUGGCAUCCGGGGGGCAGAUUUCCAGUGCUACCAGCAGGCCCGCACCAUGGGCCUCACCGCUACCUACAGAGCCUUCAUGUCCUCACACCUCCAGGACCUGGCAACCAUCGUCAAGAAGGGAGAUCGCUACAGCAUGCCCGUCAUCAACCUCAAGGGAGAGGUGCUCUAUGGCAGCUGGAUGAACAUCUUCUCUGGGAAUGGAGGUGUGUUGGACCCAUCAAUCCCCAUCUACUCCUUUGACGGACGGAACGUCAUGACGGACCCCACUUGGCCUCAGAAGCUGGUGUGGCAUGGCUCCAGCACGGUGGGAAUCCGUAUGACCACUAACUACUGUGAGGCGUGGCGGGCAGGUGACAUGGCAGUGACGGGCCAGGCCUCUCUCCUCCAAACAGGCAGACUGCUGGGCCAACACACCCGCAGCUGCUCCAACCGCUUCGUAGUGCUGUGUAUCGAGAACAGCUACACUGACCACAGAAGGUCUAAUUAACCUCAACAUACACAUCUAGUAUACACACUCUCUCUCAUACACACACAAAACUAGAUCUCAUUCAUGUUUUCAUGAAGAGCAUGUAAAACUAAGCUAUUGACACAUGUUCAAGCAAAUCCAGUACACACAAACAAACACACACCUCUCAUUGACAGCAAACAUCCAUGUGGACCACACAAUAAACUAACUCCCUCCCUACACACACACACACACACACACACACACACACACACACACACACACACACACACACACACACACACACACACACACACACACACACACACACACACACACACACACACACACACACACACACACACACGUCUCCUAUUAACAAAGAGCAGUUAUGUGCUGGACCACAAGAGGCACUUUUACACUAUUUCAUACUGACCACAGAUGAAACUCCCCACUUCAUUAACCUCUCAUUAUUAACCUUCCAUCAACACAGCAUCACCGCUUUGCACUUGUCCCUAAUCUAAGUUUUCCUGUCCCUUUAAGAAAAGUGUAAAUAUAAUGUAAAUUGCUUCCUGUCAAAAGCACUGCAUAACUCCAAUUCACUUUGUGUUUAAAUUGACUGAAUAAGGAAUGCCAAAGAUCUGGUAAUCAGCAACCAACCGACUAACACACUGUUUCUGCUGAAGUAAUCAUUAACACAUUUUUUUUGUUGGUUUGCUCAAUUUAGUCUUAUUCUUAAGUGCCCAGUAGAGUAGUUUGCAUAGAGGCAACAACAGUUCUAACCUUUUGUGGAUUACUGUAUCAGUCCUCAAAACAAUGUGAUGAUAUGAUGAAAUUAGGACAACUGGUCUUUUCUGUUUUUCUGUGAUAUAAAUGUAUAAUAAAAUACUUGGAUGUUUUCAGACAAGGGACCUUUUUUUCCUCUUUAGGCCUUGAAGUCAUUUCGAUGCACUGUGAGUUGAUUUGAAUAGUUUGGGAUGUUUCCAUAGCCAUGAAGGCUUUUUGUCUGUGAAAAUUGUUAAGGGUUUUUCUGUUGCGAGUGAUAACUUUUACUUAAUAUUUAAGUUUAAUUCUAUGUUUUACAAUUUUUAUUUAUACUGUAACAGCACAUCAUCUUAAAUCUAGCAAAACAUAGCUUCACAUUCAAAUGAAAUGAAAUUGAAACACUACACGUGCUAUCUAACCUGAAAGUUAUUUUUGUACGGUAUUCUACUAAUUGACUAACUGUAGAUGUACUUUCAACAAAUAUAUAAUCAAGAGCUAGAUAUUUUAAUGGCUGGGGAAAUGAUAGGAACAGUAUCAACUCUAGAGCGCAAAGUAUUUUUAUAUGUUGAUUAAUUUCACAGACGUGAUAGGUUAUAUUUUUACAGUCAGGAAGAUUGUCUUUUUUAAAUUGGAAAGAAAAUGUUUGACUGUCAUUCAGAGAAAUACAAUGUUUGACUGUUGCUCAGUGAAUAAAUGUUUUUUUUUUAA